AUGAUGCACUCCGUGGCGCCCUUUCCGCCAGUUCAGCCGCAUCACCACAUGGGUCACUACCGUGGCGUGGACACCAUCGACCGCCCGUAUGACUUCCAUCCGACACACCUUCCGACCUCCCUUUCUUACGAAACCCUGUCCAAGUACCCCUCCCUUGCGAUCCCGCGAACCCGUCUCCAAUACCCUCAUCCCAUCCACCGCAUCGACGGUCCCGACACCACCGGUCCCGUGCCCAACCCGAGGCCCGCCAGCGAGCAUGCGUUGCGGAGGAAGACCCCGAAUGGGACAAUCGCUGCAGGCUACGAUGGCACCCCGGGCGACACCACCAUCCAGCCGCCGGCGAGCAAACACAUCCUGGUCUCCCCGCUCGAUACCGCCCACCUGGUCCCGCCCCCGGCCGGAUUUCCGUUGGAUGGCUGGCCCCAACCACCGAUCGAUCCGUCGUCGUCGACCAACCAUCUGAACUUCCCGCCCAUGUACAAGAGCGAACCCAUGCGAGUGUCCAGCGAAAUCGUGCCGGGGCUCAACGGGACGGGCUGGGUCCGUUCGCUGAACUACGGCCCGGGCGUGGAUUCGGUGCUGAACCAGUCGUUGCCCGUCCAGCCCGCCCACCAGCGAUACUACUGGAAUAACGGCGCCUACGUGCCGACGGUCUUGCCCGCGACACUGCAGCCCUGUGUCGGUCCCACAGCCUCCGCAGGGACCGCCCCGUAUGGGCCGUAUUGGCCCGACGGCGUCUAUAUCCCCUACCGCCCCGCGGCUUUUCGCGAUUCUCGCUACGAUGCGCCGUUCGCCGCCGCGCCCACGCCAUCCGCGGCGCGCUUCUUUGACGCUGCGCAGCAACCCUUCAACCGCACCUCGAUCCCAUCCGGCGGCACUCACCCCGACCCCGGCGUCGCCUGGAACCCGAGUCCGCUGGCCGUUGUCAGCCACGACGCGCCGACGAAGACGAACUUUCCGCCCCGGCACGCAGGGCCCAAGACCGUGGACCUGACCUCCAACCAGCGGGUCCUUCCGUACCACACCCGCCAGGCCGAUGUGGGCUCCCGGUCCUCCGCGCGCCAACCCGGUCCGGGCCACGAACCGUAUCCGCCCUGGCCGAGUUACUCGGGCGGUGCUAAUUUCCAGACCGGUGGACAGCCCGGAAAUGCACGCACGGCGAAUGUAGAAUUCAAAGAGAAAGCCCUGUCCUGGGCUCACUCGGUCUAUGUCGAUCUGCUCGCGUCCAUCCAUCAGGCCCGGCGAAAUAGCACCGCGAACGCCGGCGCCGACGGCCCACACCCGCGACUCCUCAAACCCAGCAUCUACCCCAAACCGCCGCGGCAGCCCGGGGUGGAUUUCUCCCCCGGACACGCACCCGAGAUCACCCGCCAUAACAGCUACCCGUCCAGCCAGUAUGACCUCCACGCGCCGAAAACGAACAUCCCGGGCGCCCAUGACCCCCGUCGUCCGCUCGACCGUUCGUCCGUCCAACUGCAGCCGGUGGCCCCCGACGUGCAGAUGCUCGAUCGACUGCGUUAUACGGGCCGAUUGACGGCCUCUCGCUUCCCCACGGGACCCUUCGGCGAGACCUCCCCCGCGGCGAAUGCCGCCUCGGCUCUGGAAACGCUGUCGAGUCUCUGCAUGCAGAGCAACUGGGAGUGGAUUGAUGGGAUGCUUCUGGGAGGUUGUCUAGCUUACGGGCUGGGAGACUAUCAGAAAGCGGUGCGAUGGUAUUCGCGGAUCAUUGCCCGAGAUUCCACAAAUGUCGAGGCAAUCUCCAAUCUUGCCGCCACGUUUUUGGUGCUGGACCGCCGCGACGAGGCGUUGCAACAUUGGCAACAUGUCGUGAAGCUUCGCCCGAGCUUUUUCGAGGCGGUCGAACACCUCAUCGGGCUUCUGUGUAGCAGCCAGCGUGGGAAGGAGGCCGUCAACGUCAUUGAAUAUGUGCAGAAGUCCUUGUCCCAUCCGAAGAACGGAGAUUGCUUCACGGCCGACGAGCCUGCCAGCGAACCCGACAGUGAUGGGGAGAGCAGGUCGUCGAGCAUGUCGGAUUUCGGGUCCUACGAAAAGGUGUCCUUUGAUUAUGACGAUGACUUCAACCGACCGGCGCCGUCCAACCUGGCUUCGGCGGAGGCGACGGCUGCGGGUUUUGGGUCGAGCGGCUAUGCCAUCCCCGGGUCGGACAACGGCCGCAUGCUCGCUCUGGUGCAUGCCAAGGGGAAUAUGCUCUAUGCGCUGGGUGACAAUGCGGGGGCGGCGGUGGCCUUUGAAGAUGCCAUUCUCAUCGCCGCGGGGAGACGACCCCACGGCAUCCAGGGCCUGAUCAAGCAGAUUUUCGCGGCCUUCUCCCAAGGAUCACGCCAUCACUACCCGGCUCACGAGAAGCGAAGCUCCCACGAGACCAUCCUCCUCUACCCGGACAAGGCGUUGCAGACGUCGAAGUUGGUGUUUGCCACCAACGGGACCCCCCCGGGCAUCCGAUACGUCGCCGAAGGGCUUGCCCGGAAGGCGGCCAUCUCGACCACGAGCAAUUCUCUGUUGUCGCUCGCCAAGAUCUAUCAAGAUGGGAUGUCUAACGUCUCUACGUCCGGCGUUCCCCGAGCUGCCCCUAGCGUGCGGGAUAUUUUGGCACUAUAUUACUUGUCACUGUCUCUCCAGCCCAGCCCGUCCACCGCGAACAACGUGGGGAUCUUGCUGGCGGGCAUCCAGAACAACCCCGCCCACGGUCUUCCGCGGUCGAGCGGGGAGAUCCAACAUCCUGAGAUCCCGGGCGUCAUCCCGGGCAGUGGGAUCUCGUUGGCGCUGGCGUAUUACAACUAUGGACUGCAUCUGGACUCUCGACAUGCCCACCUCUACACCAACCUGGGCAGCUUGCUGAAGGAUAUUGGUCAACUUCAGGCUGCCAUUCGCAUGUACGAGCAGGCGGUUCAGUGCGAUAAUAAUUUCGACAUCGCCCUGGCCAACCUGGCUAAUGCCGUCAAGGAUGCCGGUCGGGUCAACGACGCCAUCAAAUACUACCGCCGCGCCGUCCAGGUCAACCCCGAGUUUGCUGAAGCCGUCUGCGGGCUGGCGAACGCGUUGAACUCUGUCUGUAACUGGGCGGGCCGAGGCGGUGUCUCGAAAGGAUACGGCUUCCGCGAUAGGUGGCACGUGAAUGAGCAAGGCAUGCUCCGCGAUUCGGCCAAUACCGACACGGGGACGGGCUGGAUCCGACGCGUGGUGGACAUUGUCGACCGGCAACUCACGGAGGGAGAGACCUGGGGUCGUGGUCUGCUGACCCCCAACUCGAUCCAACAGCUCUGUGCACAAAUGGCCCCCGCGUUGUAUUCGUGUCGGUCGGCGCCGGGGACACUCGCUACCACCCUGCAGUCGUGGGCGGGACAGAAGUGGGAAGGUUCACGGAUCGUGCGGCUGGUCGAGCGUGCCGUGCGAUCGAUCACGUGGCAGUGGUACCAGGAUCGCUACGUUCAUGGCAAAGAGUACCCGCUGUCCAAGUACCGACGGCCGCAGCUUCCGUCGGGCCUGUCCGCACCCAACGCUCCCACCGUCCUGCCGUUUCACACUUUCACUUGCCCCCUUUCUGCCCGACAGAUCCGACAGAUCUCGCAGCGGAAUGGCCUGCGGAUCUCCUGCUCCACGUUACGGUCUCCGUGGCUGCCGGCGACGGUUUAUCAGCCACCCGCGCCGCCCAACCCCUACCUCAAAGUUGGCUACGUGUCGUCAGACUUCAACAACCACCCUCUCGCACAUCUGAUGCAGUCCGUGUUUGGACUGCACAAUCCGUCCAAGGUCAAGGCUUAUUGCUAUGCCACUACCGCCAGUGACCAGUCGAUCCACCGACACCAGAUUGAAAAGGAGGCGCCGGUGUUCCACGACGCCAGUGCCUGGUCCGUGGACCGGCUCGUGCGGCAGAUUGUGGCGGACGGGAUCCACAUCCUCAUCAACCUGAACGGUUAUACGCGAGGUGCCCGCAACGAGGUCUUCGCCGCGCGCCCUGCGCCCAUCCACAUGUCAUUCAUGGGCUUUGCGGGGACGUUGGGAGCCGAAUGGUGCGAUUACAUACUGGCAGACCAGAUAUCGAUCCCGCCAGACACGCUUACCCCGGGCCGACGCACCGCCCGCAUUGGCGAUCGCGUUAUGGAGGAGGACCACGGCGAGGAACUCGAAGACUGGGUGUACGGUGAGAAGAUUGUCUUCACUCGUUCGACCUUCUUCUGCUGUGACCACCGACAGAGCGCUCCUGACGCGUCGGAUAUGCGUCUCACCUGGGAACAGGAGCAAGAGGCACGGUGGCGCAUGCGGAGGGAACUUUUUCCCAACCUCCCGGAGAAUACUAUCAUCCUUGGGAAUUUCAACCAGCUGUAUAAGAUCGAACCGACGACUUUCCGCACCUGGCUGCGCAUCCUGGCACGCAUCCCGAAUGCCGUGCUCUGGCUCCUCCGAUUCCCCGACCUCGGGGAGCAGAACCUCAAAGACACCGCCGCCCAGUGGGCAGACGAGAAAACAGCGUCUCGGAUCAUCUUCACCGACGUGGCACCCAAGAACACGCACAUUUCGCGAGCGAAAGUGCUAGAUCUCUUCCUCGACACGCCGGAAUGCAACGCGCACACAACCGCAACGGACGUCCUAUGGAGCGGGACCCCACUGCUGACAUUCCCGCGCUACAAAUACAAAAUGUGCUCCCGAAUGGCGAGCAGCAUCCUCAGCAGCGCGCUCCCCAACACCGACGCGGGCCACCAAGCCCGCGACGACCUAAUCGCCACGUCCGAUGAAGACUACGAGAACAAGGCCGCGCGCCUGUGCCACAGCCUCCAGUACCAGCCUGGCUGUGGCGGCCGCACGCACGGCAGGCUGAUGGACCUGCGCAAGAUGCUCUUCCGGGAGAGAGCGCGGAGCAAUCUGUUUGAUACGAGCCGGUGGGUUCGGGAUUUAGAAAAUGCUUAUGAACAGGUCUGGGAACGGUGGGUGAAUGGCGAAGAAGGUGAUAUCUGGUUAUGA